UGAAGCUGAAAGUGAAAGUAGUUCUGGACUCAGAAAAAAAGUAGCUGCACCAUUACACUUCCUGCUGUAACGGAUUUAAUAAAAGAGGAAUGUAUAUGUGUGUAAACAGGUGAUAUUUAUUUAAACACGGUGUUUAAAGUGUAAAGAUGAAAAGACUGAAUAUGAGCCGCUCUGAAAUGUGAAGCCACUUCAGCUAAAGCAGCAGAUCUGUUUAUAUGAGGAACAGAAAAGGAUUUUAUUAGUUUGAACUGACAGGAAGAGAUAAAGAUGGCGGCUGCAAGCAAUGAGUUUAAACUCAUUGGUCCCAGUCGGAGAGAGUUGUAUAAUCCCUCUGCUGUCGCUCUCUCAUGCCGUCUGUCUCCUGAAGUCAGUGCUGUUAACAUGGAGAUCCGGUGGUUUAAGGGCACAGACUGUGUUUGUGUCUAUAAGAACAGACAGGAGACAAAGGGGAGAGGUUACGAGGGCAGAGCGAGUCUGAUCACUCAGGAGCUGGAGACAGGAAACGUCUCCUUACAGCUGAGAGACUGUGAAUGGUCAGAUUGUGGACAUUACCUGUGUCAGGUCACUGAUGGAGACAGAACAGAGGAGAUUACAGUAGAGAUGUGUAAGUGUUCCUGAACUCCACACUGCAUAAACUCAACAUCAUCAUCAUCUGAGCUGCUCAUCUCAGUUCAUGAAACACACACUCAGUAUUCAGUAUGAGGUUCAGUAUACAGGGUGCUAAUGUGGAGUGAAGUUCAUUUUAGUUGAAUCAACAGUAAGUGUGUUUUUCACUCUGUUACACACCUGCACAAGGGCCGAAAAACAGCAGCUUGUAUAAAUAUGAAUAACAAGUUUUUGAAUCAUUUCAUUUCUUAAAAAUUACACAUCAGUGAUUGGCUCAAUAUCACUUUAAUAAGCAAAAUAAGCUUCAGGAGCAAAGGAGCAGAUUACAGUUUGCUAAAAAGUAGAUGAUGGACAGAUGAGACAAAGACUAAGCUGUAGCAGAGAGAUGAAAAGAGGAAAGUGUGAAGUAAAAAGAAAACUGAUCCUGAUCCAAAUCACACCAGCACUUCUGUGAAACAUGGAGACAUGGACAUUUAUGGAAGACAGUCGAACUUGUCUUUAUUUUUCCCCGAUACAGAUAAAAAUGUGAUUAAAAUAUGGCGAUGCUCAGCAUUUUCACUUCAUCUGGAGUGU